AAAUCUUCUUCAGAAAUGCCCCUCACUGACAGUCGUUCCGUGUCACUCGUGGCUGUGGAGGUGUUAUUUUAGUUUUACUUCCUGUGAAUGUGGAUUGUGUCGUGGACAUGGACGAACAGAAAUCUGUAACUUUGGUGAAACUUAAAGCCCUGAAGCCCGCUCUGGUCUGAAGCCGCUCGGAGCUCCAUGGACACCCACCAACACUCCCCCGACUCCAGCAGCGAAGAGUGCACCGUCCUGGAGGCAGCACCCAAGAACAGCUGCCCCCUGCACCCGAGCAAGGUUUCUGAGCGCUGGUGCCAGUCGUGUGUGUGCCCCCUGUGUGACGACUGUGCGGGGCAUGAGGGUCACCCCUGUGUGGACCUGGACCAGGGUCUGGACCAGACCAGAGUCCAGCUCCAGGAGUGGCUCACAGCUCUGAAGAACAGGCAGCCGCAGGUGUCCGAAGCUCUGUCCCAGGUCCGAGACAUCCUGCAGCAGCUGACCAAUCAGAGAGCAGCCAUCGAGGAGGACAUCCAAUCAGGAUUUGAGGAUUUGCAUAAACAACUUGACGUCAGAAAGAGCGUUCUGCUCAUGGAACUGGAGGUCACCCACGAACUCAAACACAAGGUGUUGCAGGCGCAGAUGGAGAGCCUGGCUGGAUGUGGGGGGGACAUGUCGGCUCUCGGGGCCCAGGUGGAGGAGGCUCUGGCUGGGGAGGCGAGCGUCGCGUCCCUGGGGCUGGAGCAGGAGCUGGGGCAGAGGCUGGAGCAGACGCUGGGGCUCGUGGUGCGUUCGGACCCGGAAGAAAACGACCAGCUCGACCUCGUCCUGGAGACAGACGCUUUACGCAAAUCCAUCCACAACCUCGGCACCAUCGUCACCACCAGCGCUGUGGCGAGUCAGAGCGAGGCCAUGGGAGCCGGUCUGGAGCAGUGCAUCGUGGGACAUCCGGCCUCUGUUACCAUAGUGACACGUGACAAAUCCGGAGGAGCCUGUAAGAACGGGAACGCCAUCCUGUCAGCAGAGGUGUUCACUCCAGACGGGAGCAUCGUAGACGGGGAGAUUCUGGAUCAUAAAAAUGGAACGUACGAGUUUGUUUACACCGUCCCCAAAGAAGGAGACUUCUCUUUGGCUUUGCGCCUCUACGACCAUCACAUCAAAGGCAGCCCGUUCAAACUGACCGUGAACAAACCCUCAGAGGCGGAGGUGUCUCCUUCCACGACCACAGCUACCAACUCCGCCGCCAACGCCACCCCCUCGACGGGCUCCUCGGACGGGAUGAAGAGGCGCGGGAAGUCCCCCGGUCAGAAGAAGAAAGGAUCUAAAAGAGCGAGCAGCGCUUUGGGAACGCCCCGACGCAAACACCAGAACCCCAUCGAAGACGACCUGAUCUUCAGGACGGGAACAAAAGGCAGAAAUAAAGGCGAGUUCACAAACCUCCAGGGAGUCGCCUCGGCCAACGACAGGAUCCUCAUCGCCGACAGCAACAACCAGUGCGUCCAGAUCUUCUCCACAUCGGGGGAGUUCCAGAGCCGGUUCGGGGUCCGGGGACGGUCUCCGGGUCAAAUGCAGAGACCGACCGGAGUGGCAGUUCACCCGAGCGGCGACAUCAUCAUCGCAGACUACGACAACAAGUGGGUCAGCAUCUUCUCGUCCGACGGAAAGUACAAGGCGAAGCUGGGCUCUGGGCGUCUGAUGGGACCGAAGGGCGUGGCCGUGGAUCAGAACGGGCACGUGAUCGUGGUCGAUAAUAAGUCCUGCACCGUCUUCAUUUUCCAGAUCAGCGGAAAACUGGUGUCGAAGUUCGGCUCCCGAGGAACUGGAGAUAAACAGUUCGCCGGUCCUCAUUUUGCUGCUGUGAACAAGAACAAUGAGAUCAUCGUGACGGACUUCCACAACCACUCUGUCAAGGUCUUCACUCUGGAGGGGGAGCUGGUGUUGAAGUUUGGGUCAAAUGGAGAAGGGAACGGUCAGUUUAACGCCCCGACCGGAGUCUCCGUGGAUCAGAACGGGAACAUCAUCGUGGCCGACUGGGGCAACAGCAGGAUCCAAGUAUUCGACGGCUCCGGCUCGUUCCUGUCCUACAUAAACACGUCCGCUGACCCUCUGUACGGGCCUCAGGGUCUGGCCCUCACCUCAGAGGGACACGUGGUCGUGGCCGACUCUGGGAACCACUGCUUCAAAGUCUACAGAUAUCUACAGUGACCCCUGACCCCUUACUCUGACCCU